AUGUUCUUAGCACCAAAGAAGGUUAUUAAAGCACUCGAAGCAAUCCGUAGAGACUUUAUUUGGGGGCGAAAGGCUGGCAAGCAUAAGAUUAGGUGGAUAGCAUGGAGUCAAAUGACUAGAGAUAGAGCACUAGGUGGAAUGGGCCUAGGAAAUUUGCGAAAUACUAAUCUUGCAUUUAUGACAAAGUGGUGGUGGAAGUACAAAGCAAAACCGAAGGAACUAUGGACAAGGGUGAUCAAAGCUAUUCAUGAUAAUAACAGGAGCUAUAAGUUAAUUCCGUCUAAUAAAAAAGUUGCAGGGGUCUGGAAAGACAUAACGAAAGCAGGUAAGGAACUGGAGAGCAUGGGGGUAUCAAUAACAGACGAGCUAACAGUGGAAGUGGGGAAUGGAAAAGCAAUAAAAUUUUGGCUGGAUCGAUGGUCUGGAGACAGGAGUCUUAAAGAUGCAUACCCGGGGAUAUUUAAAAUCGCUGAAAACAAACAUGCCAUGGUUGCGGACUAUGUUACAGUAUUGCAAAAUGAAAACCAAUGGUUUAUCACAUGCACUCGGCCACCGAAUACAGACGAGGAAUGGAGUCAAUGGGCUAACUUGUUACAACAAAUUAACGGAACACGAGUCAGCGGAAAGGAAGACAGGUGGGGGUGGAAGUCGGACAGUAAAGGAAUAUUCUCAGUUGCUGCAGUUAGAAAUCAGUUAAAUAAAGCGGAAGUCAAUCAAGAAGUUGAAGAAUGGAAGCUUUGGAACAAAUGGGUACCACCAAAGGCAAAUUAUUUCAGUUGGAGGGCAGCAUUAGAAAAGAUUUCGGUAAAGCGAGAAUUGGUUAGAAGAGGCAUGAAUAUAAGCAACGUACUGUGCCCAAGAUGUGGUGUCAGUGAGGAGACGGUAGACCAUCUUAUUUGUGAAUGCAGGGUGUCUCAAAGAAUUUGGGUAGAAGUUUCGAAGUGGCUGAAAGUUCCGUCAAUUUCUGGCCGCCGGAACUGCAAAGAAUUGAUGGAACACUGUUAUACGCUAAAAGGAUCAGGUGAUUGGAGGAAAAUUAUCAAUGUUGUGAUUCAAGCGGCUCUUUGGAACAUUUGGAAAUCACGUAAUGAUAAAGAGUUUGAAGGACAUCUUCGAAACGAGAAGGAGAUAUUGGAUAACAUAAUGGAGGAUAGUUUUAUAUGGGUUAAGACGAGGUCAAAGAUACAAGGUAUUGUGUGGGAGAGGUGGCUGGAUUUUAAUAUAAGAGACGUAGUUAGUUAG